AUGAAUAAAUUUUGCAAAUCGGGUCUGUGCGUCGAAAAGGUUCGUGAGCGAUAUGUUUUGAUCGGUCGGCGUGUUGUGGCCGUGCCGGGCGGUGUGGACGCGAUCCGGCACAAUCCGGACCUUUUGAGCGCCGUGGGACCGCAGUUGAGCAGUCAGUUGGACUCCUGGCCACUCGGUCUAGAACUGGGGGCGGUCCGGACCGACGAAGACGCGCCGGCUGAACAGCCCUCAGUGGGCACGUGC